UUCAUCAGGAAGUUUGAGAAUGAAGGCCUUGUCCAUAUCGAACACAUCAUUUUCCUGGGGUCAACUUGUCCAAAGGGAUGUUUAUGUAUUUCUAUUGUUGGAUUCACUGAUGUGUCAGCGGGGUCCCAAUUGGGUUAGCGCGUUCUAAGCAACUUCGACCUCCCUUCAUCGCCGUUCUCUUUCUGUCAUUCACCCAUUAAUUCACGCUGCGUCUUCAUCCAAAACGUGAUAUAUUCAAUAUCCGCUGCUCUUCUUUUUUCUCUAUCGCUUGUUUGCUAGCACAGCGACCCCUUCGAUUCACCCCCUUUCCCGACAGACUUUUCUGCCUUGUUUAUUCUCUUAAUCGUCGCGAGCCUCAAACGCGACAACAGUGGCAACACCUUCCAUCUCACAAAUAAACUACAUCAAUAUAUUACCGUCUACCAACUCAAUAAAAAUGUCUGGCAAGUUGGACAAGUCUCUUGACGAGAUCCUGGUGAACCGCCGCCAGAGCAACCACCGUCGCGGUGGUGCUCGCCGUGGAGGAAAGGCCGGUGCUGCUGGAGGAAUCAGAAAGACCAAGGCCACCAAACCUACUGGCAAGGCUGCUGGCAAGGCUGCUGGCAAGGCUGCUCAGCCCGCCGCCGCUCCUACUCCUACUGAUAGCAAGAUUAUGGUCAGCGGCUUGCCUGUCGAUGUGAAUGAGGCCAAUAUCAAGGAAUACUUCACCAAGUCUGCAGGCCCUGUCAAGCGGGUGAUGCUCACAUACAACCAAAAUGGCAGUAGCCGCGGAAUUGCCUCGAUUAUUUUCAGCAAGCCGGACACUGCCGCCAAGGCUGCCAGAGAGCUGAAUGGGCUUCUGGUUGAUGGUAAACCGAUGAAGAUUGAGGUGGUUGUUGACGCCACACGUGCUCCUGCUGUUCCCGAACCGAAGUCUCUUGCCGAGCGCGUUGCACAGUCAGCCAAGUCGCAGCCCAAGCCCGCGACAGGACCGAAGCCGGCCGGCGCCGGUCGCCGUGGUCGCCGUGCUGCUCGUGGCGGCGGUCGCCCCAACCGGCCCCAGAAGAAAUCGAGGGAGGAUCUUGACGCUGAAAUGGAUGACUACUUUGUCUCGAACGAGAGCGGCGGAGCACCGGCGGAAGGAAACGCCCCUGCCAACAGCCAGGCCCAGCCGGCGACGAACGGUGGCGAAGAUGUUGGCAUGGCUGAGAUUUCUUAAACACUUUUUUGUUGGGUUUUGAUUUUUGUGUUUUUUAUGCGGAAGUAGCAGGUCACUUCGCUUUUUACUUUAUUUUUAUUUGAUAUUCAAUGGGUUACGUUAUUUGCUUAAUUCACCGGCUGGGGAAGGGGUUUGAAUGUAUUUAAUGAAGGGUCGCGGGAGAGUAUCACCAAGGAAACACGUAUGAAACGCAAUAAAUUUUCCAGUAUGAUCACACGCUCCGUACAGAGUACGGAGUACAAGUAAAAAAAAAAAAAAAAUCAAUCAAUAGAAAUAUAGCGCGGUG